UCGUGCGUCCUUACCGACGGCCCGGACUUAGCGAAGUCGAUUGAGGCGAUCGUGUUUUCGACGGGCAAUUGUCGUGACUGUUGUGGCCUGCCAAGUGGGUCCGUCCUUCGUGAAUAGUCUGCCCGCCCGGUGUAGGCCUAAACCGCCACUUCGCCAGUGUUCAUGUCCUCUUAAAAAAUAAUCCUUUAGGCCUGUUCAAUUGAUUAGGGAUAGGGGAUCAAGGUUUUUCUGAAGCGGCUGAUGGCUAGUCAGGGGGUUCAACCAUCAGAUCUCCAGAAAUCCCUGGUCAACCUUGGACUGGCCCCAACAGACUAUGACCAGUGGGAGCGUCGUACGAGACGCAUUGCCAAAAGUGCCGGAAAAGGAAGAGAGAGUAGUCGGAGGUUAACUGAUGAAAGUGCCCUAGCCGGAUCAUCUCCUGUGGUAGGACCACAACCCCACGAGUCCUCAGCCAAGCAGUUUCACCAUUACAGAGGCCCUGCCUGUGCCCACCAUCACAAGUCCAAGAGCAGAACCACCCCUGCUGAGGAGGAGGAUGAAAGCUUGAAAGAAAGACAGCGAGAGAACAAGGUCCUGGAACUGCUCAUCAAGUCACGGAGGAAAGCAUUGGCCAACUACAAGGCCAGACAAGAAACACUUCUUGAAGAGAAUACAAAGCUGCGGGAAGAAAUUGAAGGCAAAGAGAAGGAAGUACACAAUGAAGUGAAAUCAUUACUAAGAAAGUAUGAGAGAUUUCGGGGAGCCGUUUCAACACUGACUUCAAAGUUUGAAACCGAGAAAGCUCUUGCGAGAAAAGCUUACGAAGAAGCCAAAGCAAAAGUGUUGAAGGAAGUUGAAGCACUGGAAAGGCAAGGCCAGGCCCUGGACGACAAGCUGCAAGAGCGAAAGACAGAGCUGUCCGUGCUGAUGAGCUACAAGGACAAAGAGUACCCUGUGCGGGCAAUGAAGAUAGCUGAGCUGCAGAGGCAGAUUCAGUACCUGUCCAGUGAGUAUGAGGCUGAAAUCAAUGACCUAAGCAGUAUAACAGCCAUCGAGAAGGAGAAGUACCAUCAAGACAGCGAGGAGAGACUUCAUGCCAUCAAGGAAACGGUGACAGACAAUGCUAUUGAUUCCAUGCACGACAGCCUCAAGGAGAUGGCCAUGCAAAAUAUUGUUAUGAGAAAGGAGAUUGAGGGGCACCACAAACUACUAGAAGAGUUAGAAGCUACCAUUGGGGACCUCACUGAGGAGGUGUCACAGCUGAGGGCAGACCCCAAGACCAACACCAGACGGGUCAUGUUCCCUCAUCUGUUCAAUGAAAUACCCAAGUGCACACCAGACAUGGACGUAAUGUUGGACAUACCGACCCAGCAGUGGCUCCCAAUCUAAGACACUCUUGACAAACAGCCAUUUGAUCCUUGACAAGCUUGAUACACCAUCCAUGUUGAAUGGUGUUGAUUCCUCUGCAACUGUGCAUGUACAGAGCUGCCGUCUGUCAGAAGCGUGGUAUAUGCAGAGUCUAAAACAGCAUCAAGGAUGGCAAAGGUUCACAGAGGGCUUUUUCUUAAAAUCAGUGGCAUAUCCAGGCCUUGGGUCCGGGAAUAGGGCAAAAUUAAAUUUUUUACCCAAUAACAACUGUCCAAUUCAUUCCUGAUGGAAUCCUAACCCUCCCCCCCAGGGAUAGCGCUGUUCAUAAAAUACUGCCACAUUUCAAUUCCUAAAACGAGAAAAAAAUAUUGGCAACAUGUCUCCAGGAGGGGCACCUUGCCUUCUUCCCCCUCCCCACCAAUGGGAUACACCUCAGCUCAAAAUGCCACAGUCUACUGGAGCACAUUAGCUUUUCGACCUACAUGUACCAAGCAGGCAAAAACUGCAGCCUCGUGAUGUCACCCAGUUGCAUGUUCUUUCUACAUGACAUUAUGGAUUUGGGGCUCUGCUUUGCAGUUUUGUAUUUUGUCAAAAUACGGGGUGCACAUUUUUUAUCCAUUCCGAAUUUUGGGCGAGUAUUUUGAGCAAUGGUCUUGUCUUCCUUUUCUCCUUGGUUUUAAAACCCUGUUUGAAAGUUUGAACGCAAAGGGAAUCAUUUGCCACAUAAUUAUUUCUAGUUUGUAAAUAUGUACAUACUUGUACAUGUAGACUAUCUGGAUGCCUCUUUUUUAGACUAUACAAGUAUUACAGGAGUGUGAGAAUUCCACUUUUUAGCUGAUUUCAGCUUUUUGUUUAGAUUUUGACCCUGAUUUCCAGCCUGUUUGUACUGUACCAAAGCAUGGAAACGUUUACAUUUCAGCUUUUGUAAAUGUUUUCAGCUUUAAUUUCAAGUGGCUACUCACACCCCUGGUAUUAAAACUUGUUAAUAGAUUCAAGAAAAGAACUUGCAGUUCAGGGAAUAAAAAUUCUGGAUUUUGCCACGGAGGAUGUAUGAAAUAUGAAAGAUGUUACUCCAAAGAUGCAUGUGGUAAGCAUCAGACCUGUAAUUUUUUUCUGUCCAACUUUUAUGUCAGGAAUGCAGAGUGAUGAAUGCACUUUGUCUCUAAGAUGUACUCUUUUCUGUCUAACUUUGUAAAGUUACAUAAUACAAAGAAGACCUUUUCAAUAAAACACAAAUCUCAUCAUAGAGGAAUCCAGA